CAGUCGGAGUACUGGUACUGUAGAAAAUUUUAAACAAUUUCAUAAUAAACAAUAUUACCUACAUUAGUCUUUAGAGGUACUUAAACUUUACGUAGACCCCUACCGUUCGGUAGGUCCAGUAAUGUUUCGCGGUGAUAAUUCCCAUUCUUUAAGUUAUGAACAACAAGCAAAGUUUAUACAAGAUAGAAUAACAACAGUAGAAAAGAACUUUGGAGAAUUAUGUGUUGCUUUCGGCGAUUACACCCGGAAAACUGCCCGCUUACGUGACAUGGGUGAUGAACUAACCAAAGUAUUAAAAGACUAUUCAAAUAACGAAAUAGUCAAUAAAUCUCUGAGUGCAGGCCUAGAGAAUUUAUCUAUAACUCUUACUGCUAUUGAAGAGUAUCGAAACUGCGAGGUUCAACGAUUGGAAGCAAAGGUUGUUGGAGAGCUGUGUCAAUAUGAAACGAUUUGCAAACAUGCUCGAGAGGAGCUCAAACACACGAUGAACGUCAGGGAAAAGGAAUUGGCAAGGAAGAAAGUACUUGACAAGGCCAGGGAGAGACAGCCAUUCAACAGACAGCAAGUCACGUACGCGGAAUCGGAAUUAUUAAAGGCAUCAGCAGAGAUGUCUCGCACAGCGAAAGGCCUCAGCGAGCAGACAGAAUUCUUCGAGCGACGCAAACUGCAGCAGUUGAAGACUCUUCUGUCAGACUUUGUCAUGAUUGAGCUAAAGUUUCACGCAAAGGCAGUGGAGUUACUUACUGUUGCGCAUCAACAGAUAGGCGAUAUAAACGAAAAGGCUGAUCUAGAGCGGCUCAAUACAGGUCUGUCGGAUUAUGAGGAUCAGGCGAAUUUCAGAAGGAAGUUGCGGUCUCCAGAGAAACAAGUGAACACCGGCAUAUCUGCCCGGUCAUCGUCUUUGGCGUCGCUGAUGAAUCAGCACUCACCCUCACGAGAAGACGAUGACACAAUGAGUUUACGAAGAGUAAAGUCACCAGAGAACAUUAAUUCGGCUGUUGGGAGGUCCAGCUCCUUGGCUACUCUAAUGAACCAUUCGUCAUCUAAAGAAGAGGAUGAGACCACGGAAUCUGAAGAAUCUGGAGACCAUGACACUUCUGAGGAGACUGAAUCACGUUGAUGAAAAUGCAACAUACUUAGUUU